AUGACUAGAACGCCAGUAUCUGCCAGGAAUGCUCCGGCAGUGCCGUCGAACCUGAUGAACCAGGCCAUCAUCGCCAAUGGCUUCGUCUUCACUUCGGGCGGAGUCGCGAUGGAUCCCAAGACUGGAAAGAUUAUUGACGGUGACAUUGAGGCCCAUACUCUUACAACAGCUAACGAGGCGGUUUUGCUUCUUCAGCGCCAAAUUAUCCGCAACCUUGGUGCCAUCCUUGACGAAGCUGGCUCAAGUCUGAAUGACGUGGUCGAAGUCAACAUUUAUCUAUCCGACAUGAAGUAUUACGCCAAGAUGAACGAGGUGUAUUCUGAGUACUGGGGUGACUUGAAGCCUGCUAGAACAUGUGUUGCUGUCAAGAGUUUACCUAUGAACGCCAACAUCGAGAUCAAAUGUGUCGGAAUUGUUACCAAGCCAAAGUCCAAGCUGUGA